UGUUCAUUUCCGGAAUAAGCCGUCGAUGCCGGGCUCGCCGCCUCCUGGUUUGGUAGCGCCGGUCCAGAUGAGUUGGCCAUGAAGAUCACCAGGCAGAAACACGCCAAGAAGCAUCUUGGCUUCUUUCGCAACAAUUUUGGAGUCCGCGAGCCGUACCAGAUCCUGCUGGACGGCACUUUCUGUCAGGCGGCGCUGAGGGGCCGCAUCCAGCUGCGGGAGCAGCUGCCCCGCUACCUGACGGGGGAGACGCAGCUGUGUACCACCAGGUGUGUGUUGAAGGAGUUAGAAACAUUGGGAAAGGACUUAUAUGGGGCAAAACUCAUUGCACAGAAAUGCCAGGUUCGAAAUUGUCCCCAUUUCAAGAACUCAGUGACUGGAUCAGAUUGUCUGCUUUCCAUGGUGGAGGAAGGGAAUCCUCACCAUUAUUUUGUAGCAACCCAGGAUCAGAAUUUAUCUGUGAAGGUAAAGAAGCAGCCUGGAGUGCCUCUCAUGUUUAUUAUUCAGAAUACUAUAGUCUUGGACAAACCUUCUCCCAAAACAAUUGCCUUUGUAAAAUCUGUCCAGUCAGGUCAGCUUGUCUCCGUGCAUGACAAACAAAAUAUCAAGCAGCUCAAAGAGGAGCAAGGUUUAGUGAAAAAUCCUGAACAGAGAAGAAGAAAAAAGCGCAAGAAAAUAAGUGGCCCCAAUCCUCUUAGCUGUUUGAAGAAAAAGAAAAAGGUCCAGGACUCAAAAUCACCUGCUUCUGACAAGAAAAGGAAAAGGAAAAGGAUCCGCAACAGAUCUACCUCCAAAGUACUUUCUGAGAAGCAGAAUGCAGAAGGACAAUGAAAUGACUGACUUAGAUACAUUUAAGACUUUCAGAUGAGAAAAGUGAAUUUAAUUUUGGGACUGCAAAGAAGUAUUUAUGAGGAAAAAUUAUAAAGUUAUUUUAUAAACAAUUAUAGUCUAUA